AUGGAUAGUAUCCCAUCGGACAUAUAUGCCAAUGACGACAAGCUACCUGACACUGGCUCAUUACGUCGUUUCCCGGAUGAGAUCAUUCAGCACCUCCUUCGCUUUGUCCCACCUAGGGAUAUUUUGCAAUGCUUUCAGCUACUGUGUCAUCGUUUCUAUAGGUUAGCAAAUGAAGGCUUGCUUUGGAGAUAUCAUUGCCAGAGUACCUUUAGAUACUGGCACCCGGGUCAUGGCUUUGGCGAAAAGCUGCAGGCGACGGUGGCAAGUGUCGACUGGAAGUACUUGUUCCUGUUGAGAACACGCAGCAACCAUACCAUCUCCGAGCUUCUUGAUGGUAUUGUGGAAACCAAGGUUGGCCGUUUAAAGAAGAUUGAGAAGAUUUGUCGUCUGGGGUAUGACGCCAAGGACUUCCUUUUGGUCCAAUGUCAUAUACAUGAGUCCGCGUCAGAUGUUCUAGCGAGGAGAUAUUUUAGCAAUGCCAUCCUCGACAACAUUCAUCGGAGCAUCGCCCUUGAGGAAUGGUCCAGGCUUGGUCUGGAUCGCGAUUCGCUGUCUGCACAAGAUGCCGCGCAGAGACUCGAAAGAGCACUCGGCGCCUUUGACAUGUUCGUGUUACACGACCAAACUGGUGACCUAGAUGACAUUUCCCAGAUGUUGGACGAGUUAGUUGCUCAAUUUCGAGUCAGUUGCACUGACCUUUCAGAGCUUACAACUCGAGAGACAGCUGUGACAUUGAACAGAUGGGUGCGUGCCAACAAUCUAACCGGUCUAAGUAGCACAGAACAGAAUUAUCGAAAUCUUCGAAAUUGUUUGAUAGGUCAGGCGUUGCGGUAUGAAGAACAUGAGUCUAUUCCACUCAUAUCAAGUGCCAUAUUUUGCUGUCUCGCCGCGAGACUGGGGCUCAAUGCUGAAUGCUGUGCUUUCCCUAACCAUGUCUAUGCAAUUGUCUUCGCUCAGUCCGGAUAUACUUUGGACGGGGAUGUUGAUUGCUACCGUGAGCAACCAGAAGGGAUGUACCUCGAUCCUUAUGGGCUCGACAACGAAGUCCCUGCAUCCGACCUACAUAACCUACUAGCUGACUAUGCAUGGCAAACAAGCACAGAUGCAUUUUUUGCUCCUGUGCCCCCCAUAACAAUGGUGCUAAGGACCGCUCAAAAUAUCAAGGCGACUUUUCUCAGGAUUCUGGAACUACAAGGCGACGCUCACCCAGAAUUGAGCCAGCUUCUGCGUGGUAACGACGCAAUGAACGUGGAUGCUGCACUGUAUUCAGCCAUGUGGUCAUCUCUGUUGCUGACGCCUCCUAAUACUUUUGAAUGGAACGAUAGGUUAGCAAGUUUUCUACACCGAUUUGCUGGGUCAUGGCCCGAAGACGCAUGGCUGGUAGAGAAGUAUCUUUGGCCCAUGUAUAACAGUUUCACUGCACUUCGUCAUGGGUUUGCCCGUCAUGUAAAUCGCGGCUUGGGAGACCCGUGGGAUCACUGGCGUUUGGUUCGAGACCAAGAUGACGUGAUACCACCCAUGUCUCGGAGAGAUUUAGACAGGAAUCAAUCAGUGCCUUAUAAGAUCGGUCAGGUUUUUCGGCACAGGCGUUAUGGUUGGAUAGGUGUGAUCACAGGCUGGCCUGACCAAGGCACACGACAUUUGCCUGUGGCAGCGUCUCGAGACCCAGAUGAUGAGGCAGACACUGCCGCCCCGGGCGAACACUCUCGCUUACCUGUUUGGCCACCGACUCAGUUCUACUUUAUAUGCUUUCCAAGCAAUGGGUCUGAGCCAAAUGUUGUAGCUGCUGAUAACAUCGAGCUCAUACACGAUUCUAGAAACAUCGAUGAUACCAUGUUUCCCAUGGCAGGAAAGUUUUUCAGACGUUUUGAUCCAGAAUCUUGUAGAUUCGUAUCCAAUAUCAAGGAGCAAUAUCCAGAUGAUUAA